UUCUGGGUAGAGGCAGGGUUUCUCGGCCCUAGAGGAGGGACAGGAAAGGUGAGAAGCGCCCUGUUUUCUGAUUGGCUGAGCUUUCCGUGGCAGUUGGGGCGCGAAAAGCUGUUGACAGUUCGAGGCCGUGAUGGACAUUACGUUUUCCUCAUAUUCGAGGCGAGGACAAACAUAGACAGGAAAGGAAGAAUCCAAGGUGUGGCAGAAGAUUCUGGAAAUAAGCUAAGGAAGCCAGUUUAUGGAUCCCGCGAACUGUACAAGUGCUCCAAAAGACUUCUGAAUAUGGAAGGACCCUUGAGGUCAAGACUGGUUAACUGCAGUGACUUUCAGUUUGGAGUGGUUGCCACAGAGACCAUCGAAAACGCUCUGCUUCACUUGGCCCAGCAGAAUGAGCAAGCCGUGAAGGAGGCCGCGGGACGGACGGGCAGCUUCCGGGAGACCCGGAUCGUGGAGUUUGUUUUUCUCCUGUCUGAACAAUGGUGUCUGGAGAAAUCGGUGAGCUACCAGGCUGUAGAAAUCCUGGAAAGGUUCAUGGUGAAGCAGGCAGAGUACAUCUGUCGGCAAGCCACGCUCCAGCUGAGAAGUAAGGAGACAGAGCUGCAGAACUGGAGGGCUCUGAAAGAGCAGCUUUUCAACAAGUUCAUCCUCCGGCUGGUGUCGUGCGUUCAGCUGGCCAGCAAACUGUCUUUCCACUACAAAAUUGUCAGCAACAUUACAGUCCUGAAUUUCCUCCAGGCUCUGGGUUAUGCACACACCAAAGAAGAACUGCUGGCAUCAGAGCUUGAUAUUUUGAAAUCCCUGAACUUCCAAAUAAAUCUGCCCACUCCUCUGGCAUAUGUGGAGAUGCUCCUUGAAGUUCUAGGGUACAAUGGCUGUUUGGUCCCUGCCACACAACUACAUGCAACUUGUCUGACCCUCCUCGACCUGGUCUAUCUUCUGCAUGAACCCAUCUAUGAGAGCCUAUUGAGAGCUUCAAUUGAGAAUUCUACACCCAGUCAGCUGCAGGGGGAAAAGUUUCUCUCUGUGAAGGAAGACUUCAUGCUGUUGGCAGUUGGAAUCAUUGCAGCAAGUGCCUUCAUCCAAAACCAUGAGUGCUGGAGCCAGGUUAUAGGGCAUUUGCAGAGCAUCACUGGCAUUGCCUCAGAAAGCAUUGCUGAGUUCUCUUACGCAAUCCUGACUCACAGCGUGGGAGCAAACACUCCUGGGCAACAGCAGCCUGUUCCCCACAAGGCAGCCAGAGCUCUGAGGACUGCUGCUUCCUCUAACACGUGAGGCUAGCUGACCUGCACCACCUUCUGUCACUGGACCCCCUUUUCCUUGUUUACUUUCAUACUCGGGUACAAAAAUUCCUAGUUUCCUUUGAACAGUGUUUUGUAUUCCAAUUUCAGGCAUGUUAUUUUUUUCUACAUCAGAGAUAGUUAUGGGAGACAAACAUAUCUGUUGUCUCACAGCAGGCUAAAAAACAUCAAAGGAUUGGAUAGAGUUAGAUUAUGAAAUUGGUUCAUUUUUGUUUGACGAGACUUUUAAUUUCUCCUAAUUUAAUCUAAGAGGUAAUAUCAAAGAGUAUUUCUGAACACUUUUUGAUGACCUUGACUAGAUUUCUUGUUUUUUGAGACAGGGUCUUACUAUUCAGCCCUGGCUGCCUGGCAACUUACUAUACACACCAGACUGGGCUGGAAUUCAGAGGUCCCCUUGCCUCUGAGUGCUGGGGCUAAAUGCCAUCAUUCUGGUGGUUUUUUUUCUCUUUAAACUAAGACAUGUUUCAACAGAAUUUCUACUGAACUGGCCGAAACUCAAUUGUUCCAGAAUACAAAAUACUUAAUUUUAAGGAAAAACAUACUGGCGCACCACUUGGUAAUUAACAGACCAUAGCAAAUCCUUUAUUACAAAUAAUUAAAUCUCUCCAUGUCUCAAACAGUAUCAAACAGCAUUUUGUAAUUCCAAUAGAUAGCACAGUAGGCAUUCAAUGCUAGAAGUGAGGAUGGAGUUAAACUUGCAACUCCUAACCUGGUGUCCUUUCCCCAUAUCACCCAAUUGUGUGCCACAAACAUCUCAUUUCAAAACUCUUCUGUUUCAUGUUUUAAGUGCAGGAAGUUGAGAGAGAUAAAAUCCAGUGAAAACACAUUAAUGUCAAUUGUACUUAAAAAAGAAAACAAAGCAAAAUUAAAUUAGUUGUUUUCAGGAGAGGGAGAGGCCGGCAUGGGGCUGAGUCAAAACUGUGGCAGGGGUAUUUGCUCUACACGUCGUGUCAACUCUGGAAACUAUCUGUCAUAUUUGAAAAUAAAGUAGCUUUUGUGGAUUUGGUAUUGUAAACAUGUGGUUUAAUAUUACCCAAAUUUAAUUUAAAGCAUCUUUCCAAACCAAAGUGUUAAACCUUAAAGGCAAA